AUAUUACUCAUCCCAUCCCUGACUUGACUGGCUACAUCACUGAGGGACAGAUCUACGUGGACAGACAGCUGCACAACAGGCAGAUCUACCCUCCCAUCAAUGUCCUGCCCUCCCUGUCCCGGCUGAUGAAGUCGGCCAUCGGCGAGGGGAUGACCAGGAAGGACCACGCUGAUGUGUCCAACCAGCUGUACGCCUGCUACGCCAUCGGCAAGGACGUGCAGGCCAUGAAGGCCGUGGUGGGCGAGGAAGCGCUGACCUCUGAUGAUCUCCUGUACCUGGAGUUCCUGCAGAAGUUUGAGAAGAACUUCAUCGCUCAGGGGCCCUACGAGAACCGCACGGUGUUCGAGACGCUGGACAUCGGCUGGCAGCUGCUCAGGAUCUUCCCCAAGGAGAUGCUCAAGAGGAUCCCCCAGAGCACCCUGGCUGAGUUCUACCCUCGGGAUGCCAAGCACUAGCCCGGCUCCUCGUGCCCCUGCUCUGUGGUUUGGUUUCCUUUUCCAUGUGUUGGUGUUUCCCUGUCGCCCUCCCAGCUCCACCCAGCAGCAGGUGACACUUGUGGCGGUGUUCCCAACUGAGAGCAGUUUGGAAAAUUAUCCCUUCUCCCACAGGCUGCAUCUCCAGGAGGAUGCUGUGAAAAUGUGCAAUAGCCACCGUGAGGUUUGGGCUUUGAAAUGAGCUUUUUGUGGGGUUCUCAAGGCUCUGAGUGUGACCAGAAAUUGCAAAUCUUCACUUUGAAACUGUGGGUUAGAAAACAUAAAAGAAGAAAUGUGACUUGCAUUCCUUGGUGGCAACAAAUGUGACAACGUUCCUUGGUGAAAAAUGCAGAUUUUUAACCAGGGCUGCACAUUCUGAAAGGAUGUGGAAGUGACACUUCCAGCAAAGGUGGCAAAGUCCUUGUCCUUUCAGAGGACAAAAGCCAGUGAGGUGCUACCUGAAACUCGCAGGGUAAAGCUUAAUUAUUGAACUGCAGGUUUUAAAUUGAAGUUUGCAGAGUAAAUUUCCUCCUUCGCCCUCUUUUGGUUGGAUUCUGGAGAUGCCAAACAGAACCAGCAGCUCAGUUUGGGCUCAGAAUUGUCACCACAGCUGUUGGUGGCUCAAGGCUUUGUGCUGCUGCUGAGGGGAAUCCUGAGAGCUGAAAACCAACCUAAAACCUGGCCUAGGUCUGCUGGUGUGAGCUCAGCUUUUAAACCAUGGCCUGCACACACAAGGCAACAGGAGUUGAUAGAAAAGGCAGCUGUUAAUGUGAGAAGGGAUAUUUCCAACCUGCUCCAGGUGUGCCAUGGCUGGAGCUGUUGUGGUUUGCACUCCAGGCACAGAUUUGCCUCAGCAUUCCCAAACUCUGCAGUCCUGGCUGGGCAAUUCCGUGUUGUUCCUUUUCCAACGGGUUCAGCCGAGGCUCUGGGCCUGCUGCUGCUGCUGCUGGCACAAUUCCAUCAAUUCCUUGCUUUUUCCAGGCUUUCCUGUAGUCUGAGCCCUGGGCUGGCUCAGCAGAGCAUGUUGCACCUCCCUGCAGUGUCUGGGAAGGUGCUAACAUGACUGGAAUGUGCAAAUUCCAGCUUUCCCUGACGUCCCCUGUGCAGUUCUCUGGUUUGUCCCGUGUUCUCUGUGGCUGCAGCAGCGACCUGAUUCCAGUGCAUUCCACCCAAAGCUGUGUCCAGUCUCUUUUUCCUGAGGUCAGGAUGGGAGGGCAGAAGCCUUGGCAUGAAAACACUUUAAUGUAGAGAAAUCUCUAAAUAAAUUAAAUAUGGAAGGUGUUAAACAAACGGGA